AUGGCCUCUGGCAUAAACAAGAUUCAUCAGCCCGGGACUUGCAAUGAAGCUAAAGCCGCUCACUGCAGCUCGACAGAGGAAUACAACCAGGAACUCCAGCUGAAAAUGUGCAAGAAGAUUGCCCAGCUCACCAAGGUGAUAUAUGCUUUGAACACUAAGAAUGACGAGCAUGAGGCCAGUAUACAGGCUCUUAAAGAAGCCCAUCAAGAGGAAAUUCAGCGCAUCCUUGCUGAGACAAGGGAAACCGUUCUCCAAUAUAAAUGCAAAGUGGGAGACGAGCAGGAGCUACGAAAGCAUAUUCAGACCCUUGAAGAUACACUGGAGCAACACACGCGGCUAAAGGAGGAGGCCUUAGCAGAAUUUACCAUGUGCAAGAAGCAGGUGGAAGAGAAGGCAUUCAGAACAGAGGCAAACCAUACUGAAAGGAUCAUUACCCUUUCCAAGGAGAUGCUAGAUACGAAGACAGACUUUGAAAACAAGCCUCAACAUUUCAACCAGGAGUCCGAGAGCCUGGUAAAUGAAUGUAAGCCAUUUAGGCAAGAGAAAUUGGAUAAAAAGGAGACAAUAGAUGAAAAACGCAGCAUAGAGUUGCAGGCUCUAAUUAAUGAAAUGGAAACCCUCAAGAGGGAGAACCAGAAAAUAACUGAAGAAUAUGCUCAGAAAGCCAGCAAACUACAAGCCUCUUACAAGAAAGAAAAAGAGACGUUGAAAAAGGCCAUGCAGCAGUCAGUGGCCGAUACACAGAAACAGUGCCAGCAAAGAGCAACAGAGCAAAAGAAAAGCUCUGAGGCCCAGGAAGCUGCUUUGCGGCAGCAGGCGAAGAAGCUGGAGGCUGAGCUGGAGGUGAAAGGCCAGAAGAUAAAUGAGUUGAAGAAGCAUUCCCAGAAGCUGAAGGAGAGGAUGCAGGACUUGGAAAUACAGCUUAAGGAGUCUCAACAAGAGACUCUGGAGUCCAAAAGCACAGUGCAAAAACUGGAAGAAGAACUGACUGUAGCCAAAGAGAGGCUCAUGCUGCAGGAGAAUGAAAUACUGAGUAAAGCAGAAGAAAUGGAAACUGUGCUGAAUUCCCAAAGCAAAGCUGAGAAAGAAGUAGAUGAAUUGAAGAAUCAAAUAAUGCAGCUGCAGCAAAUGACCUACACCAAACAGAGCCAAACCAAGGAAGGCAGUGAAGCCACACAGGUGCUUACACAGCCCAUGGAAGCUGCAGCUACUGAAAUAGAAGAUAUAAAGCAACGGCACAAAGAAGAACUUCAUAAAAUUAAACGACAGUCAGAUGAGGAGAAAAUGCGUUUGAAGGAGCAGCUUGUGAAGGGGUUGGAAGAUCUUGUAAAGAAACACACAAUGGAAAUCAAAUCUGCUCAAACCUCCAUGGAAGCUGAAAGAAAAACAUUGCAGAAGGAGGUUCAGAUACAGUUAGAGGAAUUAAGAAAGAAUGCUGAGAAUGAAAUAAAGCAGCUAGAGAAGGAGAAAGAAGCCCUAAGUAGGAAACUUCAGGACUCUUCAUUUGAGGUUUUAAGGCUUGAAGAUUUUAUCAGGCAAAAUCAGGAUAUUCCCAGAUACAAAGAAUUUCUUCAAUCUCACUCCAGAAAAAAUCAUGAGAGGCAACAGGAAUCAGAUAGCCCACACUGUGGAACUAGUGAGGUACAGGAUCCGUUUCUGCAGCAGAAAGACAGGUCUAAACCGCAGAGAGAAAGGGGCAAAGGCCAAGAGCCCUUAAGAGCACAGACAGGGACCAGAAAUGAAGCCAAGCCACGGCUGGAAAAUGCACGUGUCCCCAGAAGGGAAGACAGGCAGCCGUCUCUUACUUCUUUACAGAAAGAGAAGGCAAAAGAAGCAAAGGUUUUGCAGGAGGAAUGGCACAACCAAAAGACGGAUUUACAAGCUCAGGUUGCUCGGCUGAAGCAAACUUUAGACCAACAAGCAAAUAACUUCAAAGAAUCUCUGAAGGAGCAGACGCUACAGUCCAGCAAAGAGAAAGAGAAGCUUUUGCAGGAUCUUCAAGACACCAUUCAACAAAGCCAGACUGUUAAAGCACAGCUGGAGGCAUCACAUCAGAGAGCUCUACAAAUGCUAGAGAAAAGCAAAAAUCAGGAACUCAAGGAGGCAGAAGAACAUUUGAAGAAAAAAUAUGAUGACAGCAUCAAAAUCCAACAUCAGUCUCACAGAUUGGAAGAGAAGGCAAAGGAAGAAUUACAGGGUGAACUUGAACGGAUACAAAAACAGCAAGCUGCAUUGAUAGAAACUCUGAGGAUGGAGCUGUCGGAGCAAUACGCAUCCUGCACCGGUCACAAAAAACAAAUGGAAGAACUCCAGAUGGAGCUGAAGAAUGUGAGAGCACUGAAGAAGCAACAGGAAGGAAGUAACCAAAACCAGAUUACAUUUCUUAAUGAGGAACUAGAGAAAUGUCAGAAUGAGAUUGCUGGGCUCAAGAAAGAGAAUUCACUUCUAAAGGACACAAUGGAGCUGCUCAGUCCAGAGAUGGACUUACAGAAGCAAAAGUCUACACAGCUUCAGGACAAGGAGAAGCAACACAGGCUACUGGAAGAAGACCUCAAAGUCAAGCACCAAAAAGAACUGGACAUCUUGAAACAAGAGCAUCGUAAGGAAAUCCAGAACAUGAUAGCUGAUUUCAGCAGUGCUCAGGCCCAUCUCCAAGCAAAGAUUGUCUCCCUAGAAACCGAACUUAAAGAAUUAGAAGAGAAACGGAGAAAGCGAGAGUCCAGGCCAGAAGAUAUGCACCUUAUAGGCUGCUUACAAAAUAAAUUAAGUGAGAGAGAAGAAAUUAUCAAACAACUGACGGAGGGAAGAAAAUUUCAACAUUUGCUUUUACCCAGCACUGAAUCUCAUCGGAAUAGAUCCUUUUCCUUCAACCCUAAUCCUGGAUGCUUAACUCCUUCCAUGAAGCAGAAGAAACUGAACGAGGUGCCAAGCCGUGUUGUCAGUGUUCCGAAUUUAGCCUCCUACGCAAAGAACUUUUUGAGCUGUGACUUGAGAUCAAAGAGAAAUGCCCCUCCAAUAACGAAAUCGACAAGCUUAGACCAGAGUGCUGGCUGCAUCAGGGCCAGCUAUCAGUCAGCGCCGUCCUCAGACAGUAACCACGCCACAAGGACACAAGGCAAUGAAGCACCCAUAACCAAAGAUGAUCAGAAACAAGACCCUCUGCGUCAGGAAUGGUUUACUAAGUAUUUUUCAUUCUAA